UGGCGAGCGCUCACUUCGUUUACGGUCAUUUUGAAGUUUGGGAAUGUAUUUAGAGUGGAUUGCAUUGUUUAUAUUAUGCGAAAAACACUCAAAUUUUUGUUAAGUGUUGUGUAUAGUUAUGUGUGAAGAAUUAUGUGUAAGCCUAUACAUUUCGUGUUUCAUGAAUGAUUAAUUGAAUUAGUGCAACGCAAGAUGGACGAAUUGUCUAGGGGCAUGUCACAAACAGGAAGCACCACUGUAACUGACAAAACUCAAGAAAAUGAUGGUUCAUCUACGGCAGUGGUGUACGUGAGCGAGCUAUGUCUGGAGUGUGAGCGAGUGCGUGCAGCUUGCGAACGACUUGGUACCGUUUUAGCGGUUCCCGGGCCCGAAGGACUGCCCAUAUCCCAGCCUCCGCCCACACCACCAGCCUAUCUUGUAACCACACCAUUCGAUGGGGACCUAUUCGAUGCUGCACACAAGGCAAAAUACAGGGUGCUGGGUCCAACAGCGGUGCUUCAGCUCGCGGAGCGUGAGGAACCUCCGCCGGCCAACGCACGUCCUCUAUAUUCAUUGGCCAUGCGCGGAGCCGUCAUAUGUUUCUCGGGUUUUCGCAAGAAGGAUGAACUCACGUACCUGAUCACACUUAUACACUAUAUGGGGGGCUCUAUUCGCAAGGACAUGUCGAGUAAGGUGACGCACCUGAUUGCGGCUGCGGCGACAGGUGACAAGUAUCGAUACGCGUCGGGCUUCGGGCUUCCGGUGCUGGCGCGCUCGUGGGUUGACGCCUGUUGGGAGCGACGCGAUGACCCCGCGUGCUUUGCCACAGAUGAUAGUAUGAUUAAAGAGCACAAAUUGAAAGUUUUCGCGGGUGCUCGCGUGUGCUUCGUGGGGUUUCCUGAAGAUGAGACGCAGCACAUGGCUGAAGUUCUCGCCAGCAAUGGCGGUUCUUCUUGUCCUCUCGAUGAUCCUGAUUGCACUCACGUUGUUAUGGCCAAUGGGGAGACUUUCGGUCGUUCGCUUGUCCUUUCACCCCAUUCAAAUACCCCUAACACUUCAACAAAAGCUAUCCGUUCUACUCCCAAUAGACCUCAAACCACUCCAAAGAGCUCUCUGUACCGUAGAUUGUCGGCAAGACUAUCGGGUUGCCGGUCUAGUCCUAAUAAACAAAGUAAUGAAACGAAUGAAGAUGUUCUCAAAGAUGAGAGGGAAAAACGUUUACAAAUUGCACGAGACAGAAUUAGAAAUAGUAAAGGAAAUAAUUGUGAGAAUAAAAGUUACGAUGGUAACAGCAGUAUUAAUAAUAUAGAUAACACGUUUAUAGACGAUUUACGUUUAAGCUUUAACGAUAGAAAUCAAAGAAAUGAACAAAUAGAAUUACGAAAAUAUAAAACUAGUGACAAAGAAAAUAAACACAUGUCCUAUUUGCAUGGUACAAGAGGUCAUAUGAAAGAUAAAAGGGAAGUUUUUAAAAAUAAAUCUAUGAAUAUUUUUAAUAUCGUAGAUUGCUUAACAGAGACUGGAUCUCUGAAUUCUUCCCUUACCAAAAGUUUAUGCGAUUUAGAUUAUAAAGAUGAAACUGGUUUUUUAAUACCAACAUCGGUCGAAUGUAAAGCAUUACAAGAGUCUACAACAACAAUUUCUUCGGGAAAGAAAAGAAGUCGGAAUUCGACGGAUUCUAAUUUUCAAGUGAGCCCGGUAGAUGCAACUAAUUUAUCGCCAGAUAAAACGGAAGAAUCCACUUGGAAAUCUAUCAAACGACUAAAAAUUAAAGAUUCUUUCAAAUUCAAGAAUAGACCAACUAUAUUUAAACGCACAAAAAAAGAUUCCGUAACAAAGGUACCUGGAGAUAUUACAGUCGAGCCUGUGAGCCCAGAAAGCGUAAAACCGACUGAUCCAGCUGGAGAAUUUGUCGCUACAACUUCUUCCCCAAUCAGGGAAGACGAUGAUACAUCAAUUUGUUCAAUGAAUCUCAGUAAGCAAUCUGGAUUUUUUGAUAUUUCGUUCGCAUCGAUCCGUAGUUCUAAAACGGUCAAAUCUAAACUAAGAAGAAGUGUCAAGUCAUUUACGGCUUCUUUUAGAAGUGAACGAAAAAAGAAAUAUGAAAAGCGUGCCGAGCGUAACACAGUUGAAGUCGAUCCAUCUCACUUACCCUCAGAUUUAAAGAACGUUUCUACGCCUAAGAGGGAUUUAGAUGAUAUGCAUUUAGACAUAUCUCCCGUACAAGUCGAUACGGUCGAUAGCACCGACAUGAGAACUCCAACCAUUGAAACGCGGAAUUUCGACGAAUUGGACGAAUCCGCGAUAUUUAAGACACCACAAAGAGUGUGGUUGAGAACCCACCGUCAUUCUAUCUGUGGUAGUGCAGAAUUAAGGGCGAAGAGUGCCAGCCACCUCCCAGUGAGUACAGAGUGCUUCCCCCCUCCCCCGUCCCCGUGCCAGUCCGUCUCCGAUGCCCUGCGGGCCCGCGCCGUGCCGUCGCCCGCCUCGACGCCUCCCAUCCGCGACGCCCGCGCCAUUUCGCAAUGCCAUGGACUCUUGUUGCCGGUCGUGGACGAACACAAUACAGUCGUGGUGCCCGAUUGUUCCCUGCGCAUUCACGUAGUGAAAGCCGAAUGGUUCUGGGCGUCAGUUCAAAAUGAAGAAGCUCAAGACGAGAGAGAUUACCUGUUUAAAGACUACCUGGAGGAGGUGUCGCGGCGGUCGUCGGUGGGCGGGGCGGGCGCUGGGGGCGCGGGCGCGGGCGCGGGCGGCGCGGGGGAGGAGGGCGCGGCGGGCGGCGCGGGCGAGCGCGGCGCGGCGGGCGGCACGCCGGCGCAGCUGCAGCGCAUGCGCAAGCGCAAGCUGCGCGGUGGCGACGCGGCGCUGCACAAGCGGCGCUCCUCCGUCGGCGACGCGGUGCUGCUCAGCCUCUCGGGCAACCUGCUCGACUGCACGCCCUCGCCCGACGGCAAGCAGCUGCUCGAAGAAUCAGAAGUACCAGACAAUGUAGUUCGAAAGUUGAUGUCGCCACGCCAGCAAGUAUUUAUGGAACUGUUACAGACUGAAUCCAAUUAUGUUGGAAUACUUCAAACGAUAGUCACAAUGUUCAAGCAACCUCUUGAAGAGAUGGCUGAAGAAGACACAAACAAUGGCAAGAACCAAGCUCUUCUAAAUAAUACUGAGCUAAAAAUUAUAUUUGGAAACCUACCGCCUAUUUAUGAGUUACAUCAACGUAUGUUGGAAGAGCUUCGUUGGUCGCAAUCCCACUGGAGUGAGGAAGUGAGCAUCGGUAGACUAGUGCUCAAGUACACUCCUGACAUGGUGAAAGCCUACCCGCCAUUUGUUAACUUUUUUGAAAACACCAAGGAAAUGCUUCAACAAUGUGACCGUGAGAAUCCUAGAUUUCAUGCAUUCCUGAAAAUUUGCCAAACAAAGCCAGAAUGUGGACGGCAAAGCUUACAGGAACUCCUGAUUCGACCUGUUCAGCGACUACCUAGUAUUAGCUUAUUGCUGGAUGACAUAUUAAAGCACACGCACAAGAGCAACCCGGACCACGGCGCGCUGGUGUCGGCGCUGGCCGGCCUGCGCGAGGUGAUGUCGCACAUCAACGAGGACAAGCGCAAGACUGAGGGCCAGCUGCAGAUGUUCGACAUUUAUAACGACAUCGAUCAGUGUCCCGCUCAUCUAGUAUCGUCACAUCGAUCCUUCGUGUCUCGAUGCGAAGUCGUCGAAUUAUCCAAAGAACUCUCGGGUAGAGGGGACCACCUUGUACUGUUCCUUUUUACGGACACCAUGGAAGUUUGCAAGAAAAGAUCUAAGGCUUUCAACAGUAAAAGUCCAACAAACGGCACGGGCACUAUGAGGAUAGGUUCCAGCAAACCAUACCGUCACAUAUCGCUCAUGCCACUUAGCACCGUCAAGCGGGUCGUCGAUAUAAGAGAGGCUGAAGAUUGUCACAACGUUUUUGCGUUGAUGUGUCGAAGCAAUCAAGAACUAAAGGAGAAGCUAUACUCGUUCAUGAUAACAGACGAGGCUGUGGAUAAAGGACACUUUCUUCGACAGCUUUGCCGGCAAAUGGCUAAUACUGUCUGUAAAGCUGAUGCUGACAAGUUUCUAGCGUGCCUCGAGUCUCACCAGCUAGACAUCGAUACUAGCGACCUUGCACUAAGUACUCUCUCCAAAGUCUCCAAGUUCGCAGCUCGCACUAGAAUAAAGCUGGAGGCGCUGGCGGGGCUGGGCGGCUGGCUGCGCGCGGCGCCGUCGGCCGCGCUCCUCGACACUUGGGUAUUGCGCGCUCACUUACUACCACAGGUGGAGCGCGCGUUGUCGUUCAACAAGACGCCGUCAAAGCUGAAGCGCGCAAUGUCGUCGAUAAUAUCCCCGUUCGGAUCCACUUCGAGCCUCACGCCCGCGUCGCAGCAACUAGCGCAAAUGAGGCUUGCGAGUUGCAAUAAUAUUAAUGAGAUGGGCGGCAGCGGCGGUGGCGGGGAGGGCGGCGAGGUGCUGGUGGCGCCGCUGUCGGUGCAGCCCACGCGCAAGGCGACCGCCGGCGCCGCCGCCGCGCUGCGCCGCUUCUGACGCGCGCGCACCCGCCCCGCGCGGGACCACUAGCACCAGCAGUACCACCAGCAGUACCACUAGCAGUACCACUGUACUAGCGGGAGUUGUGCACGGAUAUCGUGGUUACAUUGCGGAGUUCGGAUUCCUGAGCGUUUUACCAGCGGGACGAUAGUCGGAAGUAUAAACAAUUUUGUGCUACGUAUAUCGUGCUGUAGCGCUGUAAAUCUGUGUAGUGCAGCUGGAGGGGGCUGGAAGAGUCUAAACUAAGUGUACGUAGCUUUUCGUGACGUCAUAUUGUUCCACGCUCGCCCUAUAGUGGUUGAGUGAGCGGGUGGCGGAUCGUAAUCCACGCGGAUACUAUUUAUAGCGGCCAAAUCGCUCUGACGAUGCAUCAAGUGUAGCUGCUUUCAAUGUUAGCGCCUGCUUCAUUGCAUAUUAUUCAGAUGCAUUCUUAGAGUGAAAUUUUUCCGUAUCCGUAAUGUGCUAGAAAUUAUUACUGGACAAAGUGGUGAAAACGUGAAUUUCGCUCGCACUUUAGCGCCCGACCCCAUCGUCGCGAAUAUUUCAAUGACAACAAUUGCAUGUCGAUUUAAUAGACAAGUAAUUAUUGUAGGAAAAGAGCAUCAAGCUAAAUAAAAUAAAAUCGUAUACUAAUUCAUAUCAAGUUUGGAACAAAAUAUUAUAUCAAAACACUGAUGGAAAAUGUGAAAUAAAUGUUAUUUAAAUAAAAACAAUAUAAAAAACGGUGCGUUAAUUUACAUUUUAAAGGGGUUUGAAACUUUUUGUAUGGACGCUGGCAUAUCGACCCGCCGCUAUUUUGAUUUUUUUUCAAAAAAAUAUCUCGGUAAUGUGACGCUUUAGGGUACUAUGUUAUUAGACAUUUUUUGUUUGUCUAUGUAUCCUCUAUCCAUACAUACCACUUUAAUCGUGCGCCGCGAUUUUGAAAAAAAAUCAAAAUGGCGGCGGGUUUGAUAUGCCAGAAAGUUUCAAUGCCCUUUGUUCAGUUAAUUAUUUUUGUUAUAAAUUUGUAAAGUAUCUACAAUGUGUCUAUUAGACAAACUCUUUUGUUGUUUAAACUUUGAUAAGAGUCGGAAUGAUCCUGUAAAAUUCGUUUCUAAGACUGAAUGAUUUAUUGUAUUAUAAUGCACAAAAUAUUAAUUCUAGAUCGCACAUUUGAACAGACUUCGAUUUUUUUUAUAAUUAUUUUUGAAUGAUUAUCUGAUUUCGUAAUAUUUUAAUUAUCACAAGAUGUUAGUGAAUGUAGAGCCGAAUUUCAAGUGUAUCUGUGUGAGUGUGAAGUUUAAUUUAGGACUGCAAUUUAAAAUCGGGUAUUAUUCCGACUCUUAUGACAUAUCACGCGUAUGUACAAUUAUUAUGAUUAAAGUAGACAUGCCCUUGGGGUAGUUUUAUAGGAGAAAUCAAUUUUAACACAUAUAAUAUAUGGGUACCGGAUGCUCAACUCUGUAUGUUCACAAUCCAGUGGGUUAUGGUUCCUGAAUUUUUAAUUUAUUGACGGGGAAUCUGUAUCUACCUUAAAAAAUUACGUAGAGUUUAUAGAUGUAAAUAAUUGCGUAUGUGACAUCGCUUUAUUCCUAAAACGUAAAAUUAAUUGGUUGACACUAAUUCCACGUCGAUACUUUUGGGACACUUAGCAAUUAUGUUACUUAUUUAGGUGCAAAGUUCGGCGAGGCCGUGUCGGGUAAGAAGUGCCUUCGAUAAAGCAGGUUUCGAAUUUGUUUCGGGUUCAGUGAAUCUUUUUGAUAGUAUUAUAACAUUAUAAGGACUUGUAAUAAGAUUGCAUUACGUAGAUUUCCAGUGAUUUUAAAUCAAAAAAAAUAUUGAGUAUGUUUAAUUGAUGUCUAUAUGGUGCGAGACAAAAAUUUUAGAUAAUAAAGAUAUUUAAUCAAUAUCCACAAUCAUGUUAAUAUAUUUUAUGCAAAAUUUUCAUUACUGUCUAAUUGUGUGCAAUGUUGUGAUUAAUGCAAUAUCGAUUAGACAUUCGGAAGAGUUUCGUGUCAAAUCAAAAUAUUGAUAUUAUCCAUAUAGUGUUGAAUAAUUUGUACAUAUUGUGAUAUUUUAAUUUAAUCGUGUAAUAGGCAUGUAGGUUAGAGUAGUAAUUGUAUUCGGUGGACUACCUUUUCCGUCUGAAAUUAAUGCACAGCGUUCCUAACAUUGGUUUGUUGCUAACGGAGACGGCGGAAAAUAAUUACGCUUACCGUAGAGACCGGAUACAAUACGUUGGCAUCUAUAACGUCAACCAUUCAAUGUAUAUAGCGUGUCUGUCCAAUAUUAUUAUUUAAUAAAAUCUUGCGCAUGCGCCCUCGAAUAUUUUUACAUCAUUAGUUGGUGUAGGCUCAAAGGCAACUCGUGCGUCUACUGUCGCAAAUGUACGCAUAUAACUGCAUUGUACAAAGAUCUAUAUUUAUAAAUAUGUUUAAUGAUUGAAAAAAAUAAAGGUUUAUUUUGAA